AUGGCUAUCAAGUCGCUGCCAGGCAAGCAGAAGAAGCCUGCAGCUUCGACUUCGAGGCAAGCGGCGGCCGCGUCGACCCUCUCGCGCAUCUCUCAGCUCGCCGCACUCCUCCCUCCCGCUGCUCCAGCCUCAGCAUCCCUCAACCCUCUCGCAGACCUCGUCCAGCUCUACGCAGACCUUCCAUUAGCUCUUGCACCGUCCGCCGGCAACAAGGAGCGGGAGGCGAACAGGCAGGAGGUGCACACGGCCUUGCACUCGAUCAAGGCGGUCUUUGAGGCGCUCAUCAAGCAGGGCAGGCUGCAUGGCGUACUGAAGACGGCGAAGCGGGUCAAGGUGGACACGGCGGAGGGGCGGAAAGAAGUUGCGAAGGAGGACGAGAUCGUUCAGAGGGUCAAGGCCUGGCUGAACGAGCGAUGGCAGGACUACCUCGAGGCGACGGCCAAGGUCGCAGGCGGGCACUGGGACAGCACCGUCAGGCUCUCCGCUCUCAACGCCCUCAUGUCGCUCGUCCGGACCGAAUCCAUGUUCCUCACGUCGCUAGACCCUGCACGACGGGCCAAAUUCGCUCGCUCGACCUUCGCCUACGUCGUCCGCGCGCUCCUGCUGCCACCGACGGAAGACGGCACGCUCGACCCGGACGUUUUGGAGGAAUGGAAGAAGUGGUGGGACCGCUGCGACGACGUCCGAUUCUUCUUCCUAGAGCAGGCUGCUGCCCUGCUGUCCACCUACUCUCGCGCCGGCAAGGCCGCCUCCUCCUCUCCGCCCUCGCCUCUGCCUCCUCAGCUCAUCCCGAACACUAUCACCGUUCUCGAGUCCUUGACGACCAUGCCGACCGUACAGUCGGAGAUUAACGAGUGGUUCUGCGCGACACCCGCCGCCAAGGCUUCGACUUCCUCUUCGAAGAAGCGAAAAGCGGACGAGGACGACCCUCGAGCAGACGGCUCGACCGGCAUCUUCGACUCGUCUUCCUCCGAGUCCGAAGCGGAGCCCGACAUGGUCAAGCAGCUCAACUCGCAGCAGCGGAAGAAGAACCUCCCGAAACUGCUCUCACUCGUCGCGCACCGGCGGGUCUUCCAGGACUGCUGGUUCGCGCUCUUGUCGCUGCCGAUCCGCGAGGAGGACAGCAAGCGCGUCUUGAUCAUGCUGCACAGGCAGGUCUUGCCGCACUUGACCGAGCCCAAGCGGUUGGAAGACUGGCUUGUCGAUUGCGCGGACAAGGGCGGCACGGUGGGCAUCUUGGCGAUGAACGGAUUGUUCACCCUCAUGCAGAAGCACAAGCUCGAAUACUUUGGCUUCUACACCAAGCUUUACUCCCUCCUCGACCGAUCCGUCCUCCACGUCCGCUACCGCCCACGUUUCUUCCGCCUCCUCGAAAUCUUCAUGGGCUCGCUCAACCUCUCGUCCAACCUCGUCGCCUCCUUCGCCAAGCGUCUCUCCCGCCUCGCACUCUCCGCCUCGCCCGCAGCUAUCGUCACCGUCGUACCAUUCGUGUACAACUUGCUCAAGCGGCAUCCGAGCUGUAUGGUGCUCAUCCACCGGUCGAGCGAGGGAGACAACUUUGACUGGUCGAACGACCCGUACAACGCCGACGAGACCGACCCGGAGAAGACCGGCGCGCUCGACUCGUCGCUGUGGGAGCUCGCGGCGCUGCAGAAGCACUACCUCGCUAGCGUCUCGAGUCUCGCAAAGGUCUUCGGCGAGGCGAUGAACAAGCAGGCCUACUCGAUGGAAGACUUCCUCGAUCACUCGUAUGCGACUCUCAUCGAGACCGAGUUGGCGCGCAAGAUUACGAACCGACCACCCGCUCUCGCGCCCGUACCGCAGCGUCAACCCAUACGCGACUCGUUCUUCCCGCAUGCGAGUGGAGAAGGUGCUGAGACGGAGGAGAAGCAGGAGGAGGAAGAGCCUGUCGACAUUGUCUCGGCACUCUGGUCGUUCUAG